AUGGCCGAAUUAGAUACCCUCGACGUCGUCGUCCUCGGCGCCGUCCUUGUCGGAACCGCCGCCUACUUCACAAAGGGCAAGCUCUGGGCUGUGCCCAAGGACCCCUAUGCCAAUGCCUUUGGCGCAGCCGGCGCCGGCGCAAAGGCUGGCCGUACCAGAAACUUUAUCGAGAAGAUGGAGGAGAGCGGCAAGAACUGCAUCAUCUUCUACGGCUCCCAGACCGGUACGGCCGAAGACUACGCCUCCCGUCUCGCCAAGGAGGGCAAGUCUCGCUUCGGACUCGAGACCAUGGUUGCCGAUCUCGAGGAGUACGACUUUGAUAACAUGGACACUGUCCCCGAGGACAAGAUUGUUAUGUUUGUCCUCGCCACCUACGGCGAGGGCGAGCCCACCGAUAACGCUGUCGAAUUCUACGAGUUUGUCACCGGCGAGGACGCCACCUUCUCCGAGUCCAACGAGCCUGCUCUCGGAAACCUAAACUACGUCGCCUUUGGCCUCGGAAAUAACACAUAUGAGCACUACAACUCCAUGGUUCGCAAUGUCGACAAGGCGCUCACCAAGUUUGGCGCUCACCGCAUUGGUGACGCUGGUGAGGGUGACGACGGCGCUGGCACCAUGGAGGAGGAUUUCCUUGCCUGGAAGGACCCCAUGUGGGCUGCCCUCGCCGAGAAGAUGGGCCUCGAGGAGCGCGAAGCUGUCUAUGAGCCUACAUUUGGCAUCACUGAGCGUCCUGAGCUCACCAGCGACUCUCCCGAAGUCUACCUUGGUGAGCCCAACAAGGCGCACCUCCAGGGCACCGCCAAGGGCCCCUUUAACGCUCAGAACCCCUUCAUCGCCAACAUUGCUGAGACCCGCGAGCUCUUCAACGCAAAGGACCGCAACUGCAUCCACAUGGAGGUGGACAUUUCCGGCUCCAACCUCUCCUACCAGACUGGUGACCACAUUGCCAUCUGGCCCACCAACGCCGGCGAUGAAGUUGACCGUGCCCUCGACAUAUUUGGCCUCACUGACAGACGCGCCGACGUCGUUAGCGUCAAGCCCCUCGAACCGACCGCCAAGGUCCCCUUCCCCACGCCCACCACCUACGAUGCCAUCUUCCGCUACCACUUGGAAAUCGGCGCGCCUGUCUCUCGUCAGUUCGUUGCUACUCUCGCCGCAUUUGCCCCCAACGACGAGGCCAAGGCUGAGAUGACCCGCCUCGGAAGCGACAAGGACUACUUCCACAGCCAGACCAACAACAAGUUCUACAACAUCACCAGCUUCCUCAGCUCCGUCAGCAAGGGCGCCAAGUGGACCGUCCCCUUCUCCGCCCUCAUUGAAGGCAUCACCAAGCUCCAGCCCCGCUACUACUCCAUCUCCUCCUCGUCUCUUGUUCAGCCCAAGAAGAUUGCCAUUACCGCCGUCGUCGAGUCGCAGGCCCUCCCCGGCCGCAAGGAACCCUUCCGCGGUGUUGCCACCAACUACAUUUACGCCCUUAAGCAGAAGCAGAACGAAGAUGCCAACCCCACCGCCUACGGCCUCACAUACGAACUCGCCGGUCCCCGCGAAAAGUACACUGGUAUCCAGGUCCCAGUCCAUGUCCGCCACUCCAACUUCAAGCUGCCUUCGGACCCCGGCCGCCCUGUCAUCAUGAUUGGCCCCGGUACUGGUGUUGCACCCUUCCGCGCUUUCGUCCAGGAGCGUGCCAAGCAGGCCCAGGACGGCGCCGAUGUUGGCAAGACUAUCCUCUUCUUCGGUUCUCGCAACAGCAAGGAGGAUUUCCUCUACGAGCCUGAGUGGGCUGAAUACAAGAAGAUCCUCGGCGACAAGUUCGAACUCAUUACCGCUUUCUCCCGCGAAACCUCCAAGAAGGUCUACGUCCAGCACCGCCUCAAGGAGCACGCUACCGAAAUCAACGAGCUCCUCAGCAAGAAGGCUUUCUUCUACGUCUGCGGUGACGCUGCCCGUAUGGCCCGUGAAGUCAACGCCGUCCUCGCCCAGAUCAUCGCCGAAGGCCGUGGUAUCACCGAGGCCAAGGGUGAAGAGGUCGUCAAGGGCAUGAGAGCUGCCAACCAGUACCAGGAGGACGUUUGGUCUUAA